CGACCCUUAGUGGUUCAAUCAAGAAUGACACCACUACCAUGACAGCGUAGGGCAGGCGGAAUAAACUCAGCUGUCAUGCAUCUUUCCCCCUCUGUUCAGUAUCUGGCAAGCGUAGUGCUGCCUGCCGGUAGUGUUGUGGGCAGUUUCAAGGACGAGAGCGGGUUCACAGUACGCUAAAGAGGGCAAUUUCAACAGUGAUGGCGCAUCAAAGGCAUUUUUCUGAGUUUUGUUGUUGAUGUUUGGUUUGAAGAGAAGGGAUGGAUGUCCGCAUGGUUCUGGGGGGUCCAGAUAAUAUUCUACUGGCCAAUAAUCCUGACGCAGGAAGCGGCUGUCUGAAGCAUCCCUGUGAGGACCAGGACAGAAGCUCCAGCCCGUCUGUCCUUCGUUCUGUGACCACCACGUGGAAGGAGGGUCUUCUGAACAGAAAGAGACCGUUUGUUGGAAGAUGCUGUCACUCGUGCACACCCCAGAGUCAGGAGAGGCUGUUCAAUCCCAGCAUCCCUUCUCUAGGGCUCCGUAAUGUGAUUUACAUUAAUGAAACACAUACAAGGCACAGAGGUUGGCUUGCACGGAGGCUGAGUUAUGUGCUGUUUGUCUUGGAGAGAGAUGUCCGGAAGGACAUGUUUGCUCGCAAUGUGGUGGAGAACGUGCUUAACAACAGCAGGCUGGAAUGUGCUAUCGUGGAGGUAGCAUCCGAGGGUAAUAGCGCAGAUGCAGAGUCUGGAGUGGAUCCCAAAGCUGUCAGUAAAGUUAAACGGAAAGCCAGAGGAUUCCUGCAGGAAAUGGUUGCCUACAUCUCACCUGCCUUCAUCAGAUUAACAGGAUGGGUGUUGUUGAAACUGUUUAAUGGAUUCUUCUGGAGCAUUCAGAUUCAUAAAGGUCAGCUGGAGAUGGUGAAGAAAGCAGCAUCUGAGUACAACGCUCCCCUGGUCUUCCUUCCUGUUCACAAGUCCCACAUAGACUACCUGCUCAUCACCUUCAUACUGUUUUGUCACAACAUCAAAGCCCCUCACAUUGCUGCUGGCAACAACCUCAGCAUCCCCAUUUUAAGCACACUCAUACGCAAACUUGGAGGAUUCUUUAUUCGUCGUAAACUGGAUGAAACCGCUGACGGAAAGAAGGAUGUGUUAUACAGAUCACUGUUACAUGCAUACACAGAAGAAUUGUUGCGGCAGCAGCAGUUUCUGGAGGUGUAUUUAGAGGGCACGCGCUCUCGCAGCGGGAAGCCGUCUCCAGCACGUGCCGGCAUGCUCUCCAUCGUGGUUGAUGCUCUCUGUGCCAGCAGCAUUCCUGAUGUUCUGAUUGUGCCUGUUGGCAUCUCAUAUGACCGCAUUAUUGAGGGAAACUACAACAGCGAGCAGCUGGGCAAACCUAAGAAGAAUGAAAGUCUGUGGGGUGUGGCCUGCGGCGUGUUCAGGAUGCUCCGGAAGAACUACGGCUGUGUGCGUGUGGAUUUCACUCAGCCCUUCUCCCUUAAGGAGUACCUGGACACACAGCGCAGUCGGCAUCUUCAGGCCUCUCUCACACUGGAGCAGAUCCUUCUCCCCACCAUCAUCGCUGCACAACCUGAUCAGGCUGUUUUUAAUGGAGAAGAUGAGGAUCAUCUGAAUUCUAGAGACUUGUCAGAUGAACCCUGGAGGAGGCAGGUCAUCACUAACCUGGCCAAGCACGUUCUCUUCACCGCCUGCAAGUCAUCAGCAAUCAUGUCCACUCAUAUCGUGGCCUGUCUCCUCCUGUAUCGGCACAGACAGGGUGUUCUGCUGUCUAAACUGGUGGAGGAUUUCUUCAAUAUGAAGGAAGAGAUCUUGUCACGGGACUUCGACCUGGGUUUUUCUGGGAACUCGGAGGAUGUGGUCAUGCACGCGCUCAGCCUUCUAGGAAACUGUGUGAAUGUCACCAGCACCAACAAAAACACAGAGUUCAUCAUUGCCCCUAGCAACACUGUGCCCGCACUCUUUGAGCUCAAUUUCUACAGCAACGGCCUUUUCCAUGUCUUCAUUGGAGAUGCCAUUAUAGCUUGCAGCGCACUGGCCCUGCUGAGAGAGCAAUCUGCAACUUCAGUGAAUGAGCAGAAUUCUUCAUCCAUGCUGCUCAGCCAGGAGAGACUGAUCCGCAGAGCUGCAGGCCUCUCCCACUUUUUGUCCAAUGAGGUGGCGGUAGCACUGCCUUGUCAGACUUUGUACCAGGUCUUCCAUGAUGCUAUCACCAGAUUAAUCGAGUAUGGUGUACUUACUGUAGCUGAGGAGGACCAGGAGGAGUUGAGCCCGUCCGAGGAGCCUUGGCCCAAGAAGUUUCCAGAGACUCUUUCUUGGCGAAGUGAUGAAGAAGAUGAAGACAGUGACUUUGGAGAUGAACAGAGAGACCGUUACCUAAAGGUGAGCCCAUCACCUGAGCACCAGGAAUUUUAUACUUUUCUGCAGAGGAUUCUCACUCCAGUGCUGGAGGCCUACAGUGGUGCUGCUAUCUUUAUACACAGCCUGAGUUCGCCCAUGUCAGAGAGAGAGUACACCCAUCAGCUUUUCAAAUAUCUGCUAACGCGCACAGAGAGAGGAGUGGCUGCAUAUGGAGAGAGUGCCACACACUACCUCGUAAAGAAUACAGUGAAAACAUUUAAAGAGCUGGGGGUGCUUAAAGAAAGACGAGAGGGUGGUGUGUGCAGUCUGGAGCUGAGUAGCGCUUUCUUACCUCAGGCCAACAGGAACAAACUCCUGCAGUACAUUCUGGGUUUCAGUCUGAUGUGACGCACUAGGACCAUCAAAGCAGCUGUGCAGCUCUCCACACCACUCAAGGGCUUUUUACUGGCUAAUCAUGACUGUCAAAGGUGCUACUCUAAGGAAAGCUUUACCUGGAAGUGCCUUCACCAAACGCCUCAUACUAGACUUAAGUUAGUCUUCCCUUCACUAUAAAACCCUCCACUUAUGCAGUCCUCAAUACACAACUAGUUUUGUCAACACUCGUUUACUAGAAGCUUCCACACACACAAUACUGUACCAGUUCUGCCAGUGAAAGCCCUUGGUUUUGAGCUAAAUCGGGGGUCUUUAUAGCUCUGAAUGUUUAUAUGGAAUCAGUUUGGUUUUAGUUUUUAACUCAGAUCAGUACAUGAAUGUCACACUUUAUGAGGUCACCUUCAGUUUUAGCAUUUAACAUUCAUCACUGAGAUGACAGCUAGUAUUUGAAAGUCUUUAAAAAAAAAAGGGCAUUUAAUUUUAUUUAACCACUAGUACUGUCAGAGCAUGUAAAGAAAUUGACAUUCUCUAUACUUUCUCUUGUGAGAAAGAUUAUGUAGAACAUCUGUUGAUAGCGUGAAAUGGAAAUAGUGACUCAUUCUGCGAAUCGUGCAGCAAUCUUCCAAGCAGUUGCUAUGAAAUGUGAGGUAUCGAUGUUAAAAUUGUGUCACGUUAGGUUAUGUUUACUUACAUGAUGUGGGUGUGAUUUGGAUGUCCAUGAAGGUUAGUUACAACUAUAAUAAUAUUGUGUAAUACAACAAACAGUAGACACAUGUAAUGAUUUUAGCAGGCCUGGAGGAUCAUGAGGCCGUCAGCUAGGGGGGAAACAUUACUGUAAACUGAGCUUGAAUGAUUGUACUUGGCUGAGCAUCACAAGAUCUAAUUUGUAAUAUUUAGAGGAGGUUCUAUUGCUGCCAGGCAUUUUUAUUCCCUCCUCAGUUACUGGUAUAUUUUAUUUUGGAGUUAAGAUCCUCGGCCGCAAGUCUACUGUACUGUGAGCGUGUGUGCAAUAUGUCUGUAGUAUGUGAAUUAAACUGUAUAUAUGCCACAAAUCUGUCUCAAAGCACAAAAUAACCAGAAUGCAGAUAAAGGCAUGUUGCCUUACUAACCACUUACUCAAAAAGUGCAAUAUUUUGUUUGUUGUGGAAUGAAUCGAAAGGUAAAAGUUGAGGAUACCCUGUAUGGUCCCAAAAUUACAAUUUUCAUUCCGUCUUUAUGAGCUUCCAUUUAAAACCUCUUCUGCUGAUUUAUAAUUUUUAAUUUCGUUUGUCAUGUGUUUUGCAUUAUCCCGAAAAUGACCGCAACCUUGUUUUGACAAGUCGUUGAAGAGAACUUCUUUGUGCGUCAGCCUGUAGAUGUUGCUACGCGAUGGAUCUGUUUUUGUGCAAGAAUGUAGUUGGCAGACAUACAAAUCUUGCGUAGGCUUCUGGGAGACUUUGAAAUAAUAUACGGGGUUCCCAUGCUCAUGGAAAAAAUCUGGAAGUAUCAAGGUACUUUGAGGCAGUGAGCUCCAGGGCUAGGAAAGUUGUGGAAUUUUCUUCAGUGCUUAUAAAUUAGUUAAAUUAAAUCUAAAUGCUCAGCUGUAUAAUGUAAAAAUCCUUAUCCAGUAAUCCUGAACUACAGGAAAAGUCAGGAAAAUUGGGCAAAAGUUGUGAAAACCCUGAUGAUAUAGAACAGGGGUGGGGAACGUUGAUCCUGGAGGGCCAUUGUCCUGCAGUUUAGCUCCAACCCUGAAAAAAACACUCAACUGCCUGUAACUUUAGUAAUCCUGAAGACCUUGAUUAGCUUCAGGUGUGUUUUCUUAGGGUUGCAGCUAAACUCUGCAGGACAAUGGCCCUCCAGGAUCAACAUUCCCAGAAUGUAGAAACUAUGGCAAGCUGUUUUGACUUUUAUUUAUUCUCAUGAUAGGAAUUCUUGAUUGAAUUGUUGAUAUCAAGAAUUAACAUUGUUAAUAGUGGAAAUGUAAUCACUGAUAUCAAGAAUUCAUAUCCUGAGAAUGAAUAAGUCAAAACGGCUUGCCAUAAGAAACUUGUGCGUCACGUGACAAGCUCAAACUGCAGAAUAUAUAAUGGGUUUGAAGCAAUAUUGAACGUUUUUGAGGUAACUGAAUAAAAGCUGUGAAAAUGAGUUACAUUUUAAAAUGAAAAGGGAUAGAGUUUAUUAUACACAAGGCAUAUUUUAGGGCAGAUGUUUCAUGCAUAAAAUCUGUCAAUAUGGCCUCAAACAUUCAGGUUAAAAUGGCAAUACAGUGGAUCUUCUGAAUGGAAUAAUAGCUUACUACUUACUAAAUACUGUGCAGUAUACUGCAUACUACCUAUUAUUUGAAUAAUUUGGCUUUAUUCCACAUUUAAAAAUGGACCUCAUCAUAUUGCAUGAUUAAUUUUUAAAAAAAAUUAUUUUUUAAUCAUUGUAAUAGUAGUCUAAUGAAAUAAAUCAAGAAAAGUUAAAAAUCACAGCUGAUAUUAUUUACCAUUCAUUUGAAACGCAUUGCAAACUCAUUGCAUUGUGAGAUGGAGUGCUCCACACCAUAAGCUCUCCUAUAUAAUGCUCAAUAGGUCAUCUGGGUAUUCUAUGCAUACUAUAUAGUGCAGCAAUAGUAACAGUAGUAUGCUAUUCUGAAUAUAGCCAAUGUUUUUGAGUCAAUGGAGUCAGAAUAAUAGAUCAAGUAUGUGACUCUUCUCUACAGUGUGUGUGAAUGUGUUCAAUUACUGUAGCAUUGAAGAUUGUUGAUUGUAUUUUUGAAAUUUACUUGACUAUAAACAGCCACAUACAUUAAUCUCUCCCAGCAGACAGCAAUAAGACGUUUAUCAUACAUCCCGUCCAUUAACGCUGUCAUCAUGUAUAUUCUCAACCCAAUUGAAUUGUUGGUAAUUGCUCAGCAAUUGAUCAAGAGAUCCCAUUUGUGCUGUGAACAAUAUAGAUUUGAGGUGUUAUUUUAAACCAGUCCCAAUCACAUUUAAUGUUCUGAUACCGAACAAUGUAUUUGUUUUCCUCAACAUUUUUAAAUCAGAUUUGUAUAUAAUUUAGUCUUGUGGGAUGAGUGAGUUUACUAAAUCAAACUCUGUUCAGUCUCUGGCUUUUGGUUAAAUACUGAUAAUUCUUAUCAAAAUGCUGUAAAUCUGCAGACAGAAAGUCUUUAUGCUGUUGAACUUUUUUUGUAAUUUGGCAUGUUUUCUGAUUGAUGUGUCAUUUAGUGCAAGGUUUCCCAAACUUGGGUUUGUGAGUUGUCAAAAAGCUAAUAAUUAAAUCAUAAAAAUGUAAAUUUAAAAGAAAUAAUUUUAAAAUAAUACCAAAAUUAAAAUAAAACACAAAAGAAAAUGUUUGGGAAUCCCUGUUUUAGUGCAUAAUAUUGAAAGAGGAACAAUAACAGUGAGGUCAUACUCAUUUUCCUGUGAAUUAUUAUUUUUAUGCACUGUUUAAAUAAUGCACUAUGAAAUAAAUGAAUGUUAACAAAUA